AUGACUGCGGCCACCACGCUCCGCUACUCACCCCAUUUGACAAUCGCGGUUGACACUUCCGAUGAUCCUCUCUUACCCUUCCUCUGGUCUAUAAAAAAGGCGCUAGAAGCAUCUGACAAUUACGCCCAGAAUCUCAAUAUCUUACUCAGAGAUUGCAUCCGGAACUUCAAGAACAAUGACCGGUACCAAAACGACAUCAGAUUUCUCAAGAUUUGGUUCCUCUAUAUGGGAGUUAGUGACGAUUUUGACAGUGUUUUCAAAGAAAUGCUGGACAGUAAUGUAUGUACCAAGAAUGCUUCACUUUAUGUGUGGUCUGCAAGUUUAUUUGAGUUGAAGGGAAGAUUGUGUGAUGCCCUCUCCGUAUAUCAGCUUGGCAUUGGCAGGAAUGCGGAGCCCAUUGAGUGGUUGAGGAAGGCGCGGACCUUAUUUCUAAAUAGAAUUUAUGAGGUACAGAAUGCUGCUUCAAACCAGAAGGUUGAUGAUAUAGAAUCCAUGAAAUUGGAAAAUAAUGGCAUUAACCCUUGGGACACUUCGACCAUGGAUGUCCUCUUAAAGAAGAUACAUCCUUUAAUUAUAAAAUUUGAUGGGUAUCGUUCAAGCACUAAACCAUACACAGGAAAAGUGGUCUUAUCUGCGUUGAAGAAUUCAUCAAGGAAUAAAGUUAUUGAGAUAGGUGGAAUGAAGUAUCUUAUAAAGGGGUGUGCUGGACAGGGAGGUUUUGCCCGAGUAUAUAAGGCUAAUAUGAUCAGUGAUCCUGACAAUGUUGUUGCUCUAAAGAUACAAAAACCAGCUUUCCCUUGGGAAUUUUACAUUUAUCGUCAGCUUGAUCUGCGCAUCUUAGAGAGAGAGAGGUCAAGUUAUGGUUUUGCUCACCGAGUUCAUCUCUAUUCUGACUGUAGUAUACUCAUCUGUGACUAUUUAGCUAAUGGGACACUACAGGAUGUGGUAAACUCGUAUGUGGUCUUAAGAAAAUCCGUGGAAGAAGUGUUAUGCAUUUAUUACACAAUUGAAAUGUUAAACAUGGUUGAAACUUUGCAUGGUGUUGGCUUGAUUCAUGGUGAUUUCAAGCCUGAUAAUCUGCUUAUUCGCUAUGCUAGGGGUGACCUUACAGAAGAUGGGUUCUUGAACCGAAGUGGUCCUUGGUGUGAUCAGGGUCUUUGCCUUGUUGACUGGGGAAGAGGAAUUGAUCUGAAACUCUUUCCUGAUCACACACUAUUUAAGGGUGAUUGCAAAACUUCUGGUUUUCGCUGCAUUGAGAUGCUAGAGGAUAAGCCGUGGAAAUUUCAGGCACGUCACCUCUUAAAUUGCUCUACAAAUGCAAUGGAACUGAUUAUUUACUGCCUUUUGAGUUUCCCUUCUCUAUCACCUGCUAACAGGUAG